AUGGUGCCCCUUCGACCUGUGCCUUUACCAUCCGUUUUACAAUCAAUACAAACUUCCAUUGAUUCUUCUUAUGAUAUAUUAUCUCCUACAAAUUUACCAAUUUCAUUUCCUAGUACCGUACCGUACUAUUCAAAUUCUACGGUACCAUCAAACAAUUGUCCACCUGAUCAAAACCCAUAUUCUCUUUCACCUACAUACCUUUUUAAUUCUAGCUCAUUUGCUACAUCUCAUAAUAGUAGUAUAACUGCGUCCAGUACUUUGAAUUUCUCAAGUUCCGAUAAUAGACAAGAAGAAAAUAGACUUUACUAUUAUGUUUAA